UAAUAAAAUAAAAAACGAUCAAGUUAUAAUAACGUUAUUUCUUUGGGUUUCUUAUACAAUUUUUCGACAACCCCAGGUCACAAACGUGUACAUCGAACGCAUUUCAAUCGCACGAGGGUCAAAACAGGAUACGGUCCCCGCGGAAGGGGGCCACACGGUCCCCGUUCCGUGCGCGCACUCGCAAAAUAUCGAGAGGGAGCAGCGAAAUGUCGAGUCGGAGCGUGUUAACGCACACAGAAGAAGGGAUGGCUCGCUUCCUGGAAAGCUGGGGCUGGGCACCUGUCCCUCAGGGAUUACCAACUUAGACGAGGACGCGCGGGCCCCGUGUCUCGAUAGCCACGAAGCGAAUGAGCGCCGCUGCGUUGUUAAACACGCCAUCACGUGCGUCCGUUUGGAGCGUCGUUCCAAAACGGUUUCGCGCACUUCGUCUCUACUGUCAGUCCGACAGUGUCAAUCUGUCAGCUUUCCAAACGCGAGACUCCGAGAUCGGCGAGAGCGAGGGCGUCUCAAAUGCCCUCCUCUGAUCCGAUAAGAAUCCGAUCUGAUAAGAAAAAGAGAGAAAAGAAGAUGAAAUUUUUUGAUCGUCGUCUCGAGGAAUGGUGAUUGCUCGCCAGAGCUCAUGAAAUUGAGCCUGAUCGUACGCGAUCACAGCGGCAAUGACGGUGGCGGUCGAUAUUUUCAAGACAGAUAAGGGUCAAAGAAAGGCUACUUUCGAGGAAUACGAUGCGAAAAAACGUGACAACGCUCAAAAAAUUUCUGAUCUCAAGAAAAAAGUUAAAGAACUUUAUAUGAAAUAUGCAGAAGCAAAAAAUAACAAAGAGGCAAUAGAACGCGCGGCACUCCUCAGCCGCGAUUCUAUAGCCUGCGUGAACAAAUGCAAUUUGGAGGAAAUUAUAAGCACGGCAAGUGAGAACAAUGUACGUUUAAGGAAGAAACUAGAUCUAAUAAAAUAUGAAAAAGAAAAGCACGAACGCACUUUGAACAGUUUACAAACGGAAAGUAAAGAAUUGGCAUAUAGACGUAGUCAUUGUGUGUUCAAGAAGAAGACGGAAAAUCCUAUGAAAAAGAAAAUUGAAAGUCUGGAAGUACAAUUGGAGCAUAUUCGAAUGAUGCAGAUUAAGGCAAAUAUUGCGCGCAUGAAAUACCGUUCUGUCUGCUCUGAGUUAAAAGAGAAAUCAGUCUUUUAUGCCUCUUCCUUGAAAGACCUAGAAGACGGCAUAAGGCAACAGGAAAACGAGAUCAAGCGCUUGCAGGAAGUGAAUGAGGAAGCCAUAGAAUUGAAAGAUAGUACUCAAGAGGCCUUGGUGAAAGAGGAGAUCGAGGAGACAAGUUCUAGCAAAAAGCGCGACUCUAUCAUUAAGGAAUUCAGGCAACGCGUGUCAGAACGGAAGAUGGAACUGGAGCGGCUGGAACGCAUGAUAUUUUAUACUCGUCCGCGGGAUAAUUUCGAAACACAUGGGAAAAGUCGCGUACAGAUACAAGAGGACAUGAUCAAGGACGAGCUGACACGACUGGAGGAGACGUUCGCCAAGCUGCGGAGCGCCACCGGAGUGUCCAGGUCCGAGGAAGUUCUGAACCGGUUUUUGGGUCAGCAGACGACCAAAGAGAGUCUGCAGAAAAUGCGAACAGCCACGGAGCAAGAGAAGAUGGUGCUGGAAAAGAAGAGACAGGAGCUCACCGUCGAGAUAGAAAUGAGGAAAUUUUCGGAAACGAAGAGCGCCGAACAAAACGCGGAAGUAGUAGCGAAACUCAACUCGCAAAUCGAUGAACAGCGAUGUCGAAGGGAGAGAGCCGAGAGUACAAGUCGACGAGUCCGCGAGCUCUUAAACGAGAUAACUAACAGACUGUAUAAAUUGUGCGAGAAGUUUCAGCAUGUUGCAGAUACUUCCCUGCUUGAGGAUAUUAAAAUGGAUGAUACUUUAGCAAUUAUUGAAUUGUUAAACAGUAAAGUUAAACAUGGACUAGACGUUUUAAAUGCAUCUGAUAAAUACCUUGAAACGAUGGAUGAAACGUUAUUAGAUAAGUUAGAAACAAUGUCAGUCGCUACAACUUCGAUAGAAGGCAAGACAAUACAUAUAAACAGCGGCAAACCAUUGUUUCCGAAGUUUCCAUCUUCUGCGAUUCCGGCUGCUCCUCUUUCGGAGGAUGAAGAUGAAGUUCCGUCCCGAAAUGUAUUGAAGAGGCAAGCACAGUUGCUUGUCGAUACCAGAAGCCGUCGCAAAGGAUUUAUUUUCAGAAGAUAAAUAACUCAAACACAGAAUAAAACUGACUGAUCAUCGUAACAUUUUAUUUCAAUUUUAACUUUUAUGUCAUACAAUAAUCAAAAAGGCUGCGACAGCAAUUAUAUUAAUACAGCUAAAAUAACUGUGACUGCAUUUUGGCUUUUUCAAUAGUUGUCAUAGUAGUCACAAUUAUUUUAGCUAUAUUGAUAGCUGUACGGUUGCUGAACGAACGCUAUUUAUCUUGAUAAAAUAAAAACUAUUCAAUUAUUUUUAACAUUA